AAAAAAAAAAAAAAAAAAAAAGGGCAUAUCUCUCCCGUUACUUUACAGUAUAAAUUCUGGUUUGCCGUAAACCAAUAGUAGAAUAUAUUACCGCUGUACGACUUUUCUCUCUCUCCCCCUCGCCUUGCUUCUGCAAGAUAUAUUAAUAUUUUACAUUCAAAACCAAUCCCUCUAUUUAGAAUCUCAUCUCCCGAAAGAAUAACAACAUCGGAUUAGACACGCUUCAAUUCGAUAAUCAACGGCUAGGCGGAACUUCUUGGAUAGCAAUAAUGGCGUUUCAACGUCCUGGUGUUGUUGGAUUCGUCGGCUUGGACGAGAUGAGUCUGGAAAUGGCGGAUAAGCUUGUUCGCUCUGGCUACAAGGUUCAGGCUUACGAGAUAGAGGGAGCAUUGGUGGAUAAGUUUUCAACCUUGGGGGGAAUGAGAUGUACCAGCCUCCAUGAGGUUGGGAAAGAUGUUGCAGCUUUGGUUGUAUUAAUAUCUCAUGUUAAUCAAAUCAAUGAUGUGAUAUUUGGUCAACAGGGUGCUUUAAAAGGGUUGCUGAAAGAAGCAGUCUUUAUUCUACGCUCAACUAUUGUGCCAUUGCAUAUCCAAAAUCUGGAGAAACGUCUCUUGGAGGAUGGUAUGCUCACUUAUUUAGUAGAUGCGUAUGUAACCAGGGGAACAUCUGAGGCCUUAAAUGGAAGAAUCAUGAUUACUUCCUCGGGGACAUCUGAAGCUAUUGCAAAGGCACGACCUAUUCUCUGUGCAAUGUGUGAAAAGCUUUACAUUUUUGAGGGUGAAGUUGGCGCGGGACGUAAAAUUAAAAUGGUCAAUCAGCUGCUUGAGGGCAUUCAUCUCGUUGCUUCAGCAGAGGCUAUUUCUCUUGGUGCUCAAGCUGCAACUCAUCCAUGGAUGGUCUAUGACAUCAUUUCCAAUGCUGCUGGAAAUUCAUGGGUUUUCAAGAAUCAUGUACCUGAGUGGUUAAGAGGUGAUGCCAAGCCUCAUUCCCUCAAUAAUUUGGUCCAAGAUUUGGGUAUUAUUUUGGCUCAGGCCAAAUCACUUGCAUUUCCUCUUCCACUUUUGGCAGUUUCUCAUCAACAGCUUAUUCUUGGAUCUACAUAUGCUACUGGAGAUGAUAAUGAUGUCACAUUGCUCAAGGCCUGGGAAAAGAUCCAUAGAGUAAAUAUUCAAGAAGCAGCCAGUGCAGAGCCCUAUAGCCCUGAGCAAGUAGCUUGCCAAAUUACUUCUGGGUCUGCUGUUGUGAAGAGAAUUGGUUUCAUUGGUCUUGGUGCAAUGGGAUUUGGCAUGGCAACUCAUCUGCUGAAAUCAAAUUUCUGUGUUAUUGGUUAUGAUGCAUAUAAACCAACACUGAAUCGAUUCACAGAUGCUGGAGGCUUGAUUGGCAACUCUCCAGCAGAAGUGUCCAAAGAUGUUGAUGUGCUUGUCAUUAUGGUUACAAAUGAAGCUCAAGCUGAGAGCGUCUUGUAUGGUGAUCACGGUGCAGUUCCAGUACUUCCAUCGGGAUCAUCCAUCAUUCUUUCGUCUACUGUAUCUCCUGGAUUUGUGAUCCAAUUAGAGCAACGCUUGCAAAAUGAAGGAAAAAAUUUGAAAUUGGUGGAUGCUCCUGUUUCUGGUGGUGUCAAGAGGGCCUCGGAUGGAACACUUACGAUAAUGGCUUCUGGUGAUGACGAAGCUCUUAUACAUACUGGUGCAGUGCUUGCAGCAUUAAGCGAGAAGCUAUAUGUCAUCAAGGGAGGUUGUGGAGCUGGAAGUGGUGUGAAGAUGGUUAAUCAGUUACUUGCUGGAGUUCAUAUAGCUUCAGCAGCUGAGGCAAUGGCAUUUGGAGCUCGAUUAGGUCUCAAUACAAGGAUCUUGUUUGAUUUCAUAGUGAACAGUGAAGGAACAUCCUGGAUGUUUGAGAAUCGUGUUCCUCACAUGUUGGACAAUGACUAUACCCCAUAUUCUGCACUUGAUAUCUUUGUGAAGGAUCUGGGCAUUGUUUCUCAUGAAUGCUCAUCUCGAAAAGUGCCACUUCAUCUUUCAACUGUUGCACACCAACUAUUCCUGGCAGGUUCUGCUGCUGGUUGGGGUCGUCAAGAUGAUGCUGGUGUGGUUAAGUUUUAUGAGACUCUCACGGGUGUUAAAGUUGAAGGAAAACUUCCUCUUCUUGUGAAAGAAACUGUGCUGAGAUCUCUUCCCCCUGAGUGGCCCCUAGAUCCCAUUGAUGAUAUAUGUCGACUGAAUAAGAGCAAUUCAAAGACAUUGGUGGUUCUGGAUGACGACCCAACUGGAACUCAAACUGUUCAUGAUACUGAAGUAUUAACAGAAUGGAGUGUUGAGUCACUAGUUAAGGAAUUCAAGAAAAAAACUGUAUGCUUUUUCAUUUUGACUAACUCCAGGUCACUGAGUUCCGAGAAGGCCAGUGAACUGAUAAAAGAUAUCUGCAGAAACCUAAGUAAAGCUGCUAAAUCUGUUGAGAAUGUAGACUAUACGGUAGUUUUGAGAGGUGAUUCCACAUUAAGAGGUCACUUUCCUGAGGAAGCAGAUGCAGCUAUUUCUGUACUUGGUGAAAUGGAUGCAUGGAUCAUUUGCCCCUUUUUUCUUCAAGGAGGCCGUUACACUAUUGAAGAUGUGCACUAUGUUGCAGAUUCUGAUUGGCUUGUCCCUGCUGGAGAGACAGAGUUUGCAAAAGAUGCUGCUUUUGGCUACAAGUCCUCCAACCUGCGAGAGUGGGUGGAGGAGAAAACUCAAGGUCGUGUCCCAGCUAAUACUGUUACGUCUAUAUCUAUCCAACUUCUAAGGAAAGGCGGGCCAAAUGCUGUUUGUGAGCUUCUUUGCAACUUGCAGAAGGGGUCGACUUGUAUAGUCAAUGCAGCGAGUGAAAGAGACAUGGCUGUAUUUGCAGCUGGAAUGAUCCAGGCAGAAUUGAAGGGCAAGUCCUUCUUAUGCCGCACUGCUGCUAGCUUUGUUUCUGCUCGAAUUGGAAUUAUUCCCAAAGCUCCAAUACUGCCUAAAGAUCUAGGAAUAAACAAAGACAAAAGUGGUGGACUCAUAGUUGUGGGAUCCUAUGUUCCAAAAACUACUAAACAGGUUGAAGAACUUAAAAUACAAUGUGGCAAGGUCUUAAGAACCAUUGAGGUUUCUGUUGAUAAACUUUCCAUGAAGUCUUUAGAAGAGAGGGAUGAGGAAAUUAAUAGAGCAGCUGAAUUGGCAGAUAUUUUCCUUGGAGUUUGCAAGGACACGUUAAUAAUGACCAGUCGUGAACUCAUCACUGGAAAAUCUCCUUCUGAGAGUUUGGAAAUCAAUUUUAAAGUGAGCUCUGCACUGGUAGAAAUUGUGCGGCGGAUAUCAACAAGACCUCGGUACAUUCUGGCAAAGGGUGGAAUCACCUCGUCAGACCUUGCCACAAAAGCUCUAGAAGCAAAAUGUGCCAAAGUAGUAGGACAAGCUCUGGCUGGUGUUCCUUUGUGGUUGCUUGGUCCUGAAAGUAGGCAUCCAAAAGUUCCUUACAUUGUUUUCCCAGGUAAUGUUGGUGACAGUAAAGCAUUGGCUCAAGUAGUGAAAUCUUGGGCUCGUCCUUCUAGACUCUCAUCAACAAAAGAUCUUUUGCUUAAUGCAGAGAAUGGUGGAUAUGCCAUCGGAGCAUUUAACGUUUAUAAUAUGGAAGGAGCUGAAGCUGUCGUUGCUGCAGCAGAGGAAGAAAAUAGUCCUGCUAUUAUACAGAUACACCCUAGUGCCUUGAAGCAAGGAGGAAUUCCCUUGGUUGCUGCUUGUGUCUCUGCUGCUGAACAGGCCACUGUUCCCAUUACUGUUCACUUUGAUCAUGGAGCUUCGAAGCAAGAACUGGUGGGAGCUCUUGACAUGGGAUUCGAUUCAGUCAUGGCAGAUGGUUCACAUCUUCUUUUCAAGGAUAAUAUAUAUUUCACAAAAUACAUAACCUCCUUGGCUCACUCAAAAAAUAUGUUGGUAGAAGCAGAACUAGGGAGGUUGUCAGGGACAGAGGACGAAUGGACUGUUGAAGAGUAUGAAGCAAGGCUGACUGAUAUUAAUCAGGCUGAAGAGUUCAUUGAUGAGACCGGUAUAGAUGCUUUGGCUGUGUGUAUUGGUAAUGUACAUGGAAAGUAUCCUCCCAGUGGCCCAAAUCUUAAACUCGAUUUGCUUAAGGAUUUGUAUCAGUUGAGUUCAAAGAAAGGCGUUAUUCUAGUGCUGCAUGGAGCUUCAGGGUUGCCCAAGGAACUUGUCAAGGCUUGUAUCAAGCGGGGAGUGAGGAAGUUCAAUGUGAACACUGAGGUGCGCAAAGCUUAUAUGGACUCACUGAGCAUCCCAAAGAAAGAUUUGGUUCAUGUUAUGGAUUCUGCCAAAGAAGCCAUGAAAGCUGUGAUUGCAGAAAAGAUGCAUUUGUUUGGUUCAGCUGGUAAAGCAUGAUUUAUUUUUCUUCCUAUUUCUGAUAUUAAAAAAGGGUCUUAGCAUGGAAAUAAUUGCAAACACUACAUUUAUUAGUUCAUAGAACACUCAAUAUUUAUCUGAAUCAUCGACAAUACUUAUUAAAAAAAUUAUUAUUCUUUUGUUAUAUUUGUUUUCA